GUAGUUUGGUGUAUCGGUGCACAGCGGAGGACGGUAUGGGAGCAAAAAGAAAGAACGAUGGAAAAAAAUAGAGCAUGCAGAGGACAGCGGAAAGACAAGCACCAAAAUUUCUACCGAAUCCGAAUGGGAAAAUAGCGGGUGGCUCGGUUGGUGAUAGUGGAAUACUGAACUGCAACAGAUCCAUAAAGAAACAGAUGCAAAGCCAGCUAGCAAAGGAGAUAUGGGAUCUUGUGAAACAGCUUGGCGCAAAUGCAGAGAAUGAUGUCGAAGUCCUCCAAAAAAUUGAGGAAAUGGAGAAGAGAGAUAGCCGUACGAAAGGGGACAUGGCCAAUCCGGACACCGGGGGAGCUAAGAAGAAAAGACAGAUUAGAGAAAUUGUGAUGAAGGAGAAAGUAGAUUUCAUAGCAAUGCAAGAGACCAAAUUAGUGACAGUUGACAGGAAAAUUUGUAGAAUAAUAUGGGGAACUGACGACUUAGAUUGGGUAGCAAAACCAUCUGUGGGCAGGUCUGGAGGUCUGUUAUGCAUAUGGAAUUCUAAGGUGCUUAAGAAAAAGGAAGUAAUUGAGGGGAAUAACUUCAUUGGGGUAUCUGGUUUAUGGGGGGAUGAGAAGAUACCUGUGAAUAUCCUAAACAUUUAUUCCCCAUGCCAGUUGAUGGGCAAAAGAAUUUUAUGGGAAGACUUACAGGGCUUGAUUAACAGUAAAAAAGGGAAUUGGUGUCUAGCGGGGGACUUCAAUGCUGUGAGGGGAAUAGAGGAACGAGCAGGAGAGACUGGGAUCAGUAGAGAAAUGCGGGAAUUUGACAAUUUUAUCAAUAACUCUACUUUGGUUAAGGGGCAAAGUGGCUUCAUACUUAAAGAGAAAUUGAAAAGAAUGAAGAAAGCAUUAAAGGAAUGGAGCAAGAAUUUAGCUGAAGAUGUGGAUGACAAAUUUAAAGAAGCUAAAUCAGUGAUAGCUGAAAUUGAUGAGAAAGGAGAGAGUAAUCAAUUGACUACUGAAGACAUCGAAAGGAGGAGGAACAGCUUUAUGAUACUAUGGAAAAAUCUAAGAAUCAAGGAGAGGAUGUGGCAACAAAAGUCAAGGAGGAUGUGGUUCAAGGAAGGGGAUGCGAAUACAAGAUUUUUUCAUAGAUGUGUCAAGGGAAGAUGGAGAAGAAAUGAAAUUAAUUGUAUUCGGGUCAAUGGGGAACAUUACACGAGUGUGAAGGAAAUAAAGGAAGAAGUGGCUAAGUACUUCAAAGAUUUAUUUUCAGAAGAGGUAUGGCAGAGACCAAAGCUUGAUGGGAUUAGAGUUAAUCAAAUAUCACAAGCAAACAAUGAGUUGCUAGUGACUGGUUUUGCUGAAAAGGAAAUUAAAGAAGCAAUUUGGGACUGCUGUUCCUCCAAAUCCUCGGGCCCGGAUGGAUUCAAUUUUGGAUUUGCGAAGAAGAUGUGGGAAGAUAUAAAGGCUGAGGUGGUCGAUUUUGUGCAGGAAUUUUGGGAACACGGCAGACUUGCAAGGGGAUCAAACGCAUCUUUCAUUGUUCUAAUUCCAAAGACAGAAAAUCCACAAGGAAUUGAGGAUUAUAGACCCAUUUCGCUAAUCGGGAUCAUGUAUAAGAUCAUCGCAAAGUUGCUAGCAAAUCGGCUGCGAACUGUAUUGCCUAAGGUCAUUGGGGAACAACAGAUGGCAUUUAUUGAAGGUAGACAAUUACCCGAUGGAGUGGUGAUUGCAAAUGAAGUCAUUGAUGAGGCUAAGAGGAAGAGGAAAAAAAGUUUUCUUUUUAAGGCUGACUUCGAGAAAGCAUAUGAUAAAGUGUGUUGGAGUUUUAUAGAAUACAUGACGAUGAGGAUCGGAUUUACGGAAAAAUGGAGAAAGUGGAUUCAAGAAUGUCUAAGAUCAAGCUUGGUCUCUAUUCUCAUUAAUGGAAGCCCAACAAAAGAGUUCCCGGUAAGCAAAGGCAUUCGACAAGGAGACCCGCUAUCCCCCUUCUUAUUUUUGAUUGUGGCAGAAGGAUUGAAUGGAUUAGUUUCUACUGCAGUGGAGAAGAAUCUUUACAAGGGUGUCACGGCAUCUGAUGAAAACAUAAGGGUGGUCAAAGGGAUUAUAAAGACUUUUGAGUUGGCUUCAGGGCUAAAGAUUAAUUUUGCGAAAAGUCAAAUAAUGGGGAUGGGAGUUGAAGAAAGCUGGACAGCAAGGAUGGCAUAUAGACUGUGUUGCACACAAGGAGAAUUUCCACUUAAAUAUCUAGGAAUUCCAAUUGGCGGGAAUCACAGAAAAACAGCAAUGUGGUAUCCAAUGGUUCAAUCUUGCAAAAAGAAACUUGCUAGUUGGAAGGGUAGGCAUUUAUCUUUCGGGGGCCGCAUCACGCUCAUCAACUUAGUGUUGUCCAGUCUACCGGGGGGAGAUGACAGGAGGAUUAAUUGGGUUAAGUGGGAGAAGAUAUGUAAAAAAAAAGAGGAAGGAGGGCUGGGAGUGAGGGAUUUGCGGAAGUUUAAUUUGGCUUUGAUGGGAAAAUGGUGGGGACGGUUGGCAGAAAACAAGGAGGGAUUGUGGAAGAAAAUAAUUAUGGAAAGAUAUGGCGAUGGAGGUAACCACUGGUUAGAUUGGGUUAAAGAGAAUACAAGAGUAGGCUCUAUUUGGUGGAGAGAUGUGUGCCGUCUUGAUUCUUUGCAGGGAGAGAGUGGAGGGUGGUUAUCAGAGAAUUUUAGAAUAAAAAUGGGGGAAGGAAAAAGAGUUAGGUUCUGGUGGGAUCAUUGGUGUGGGGAAGGGUGCCUUGCUAAUAGGUUUCCAAGAUUGUAUUUAUUGUCAACAGGCAAAGAGAAUAUGUGCUACCAAAUGGGCAAUGCUAGCAAUGGCUCAUGGAAAUGGAAUCUAAAUUGGAGAAGGACCCUGUAUGAGUGGGAAGCUGACGAUGCCGUGGAACUCCAAAAGAGGAUAGAAAACGUGAAGAUAUUAGAAGGUGACCUGGAUAGAUGGGAAUGGAUUCACGACAAGGGAGGCCAGUAUUCAACCAAAACUGCUUAUUCUCUUUAACAAGGGAACGGGUGGAAUCGAAUGAAGUGAAGACAUACAAAAGAAUAUGGAAUCCCAUCCUCCCCAGUAAAAUUUCAGCUUUCAAUUGGCAACUAGUACUGGAUAAAAUACCAACCAAGGCAAAUUUGCUAAGAAGAGGGAUCAUUAAAGACACGACAGAAACUAAGUGCGCCCUUUGUAAUGAAGAAGAAGAGGAUUCUACUCAUUUGUUCUUAAAUUGCAAAAUUGUAAGGUGGGUAUGGAAGGCUUGCUCCAAGUGGUGGGGGUCCAAUAUAACGUUGAACAGGGACCGUUGGAAUACUUUUCAACUCCUAGGGACGAAUACCAAAGGAUCAAAAAUCAGAGAAGGCAUGGAUUGCAUCUGGAAAAUAGUUGUUUGGUCCAUUUGGAUUGCUAGAAACCAGAAAAUCUUCCACAACAAAGAUGUAAAUCCUGAAAUACUCUUAGAAAUUAUCCAAAUGAGAUCUUUUUGGUGGAUCAAAGCAAGAAAAGAUUGGGCUACUGUUAAUCUUUUAGAUUGGAUUAUUGAUCCAGUAGCAUGUUUUAAAACCAGCUAUGGGAAGCGAAAGGGAGCCUAAUUAGUGGGUAAUUUCCAAUGGUUUCUGUUAUGUAUAAGUAGGAUGUGUUAAAUUAAAUGGGUUUGAGUACCCCUUGUACUCUAUAUUUUCAAUAAAAUUAUUUUCUGUUC